AAGGCUUUACAAUCCAACAGAAAGAAGAAGAAGAAAGAAGCCGGAAGUUAGCAAAGCGUUCCAAAACAGACAAAGGGCGAAGACGACGAACUGCCAUUAAGUUAAAAAAACAUUGAAAAUGUUGAAAGAGUUGGUGCAGGAGCGACUCAUGGCGGCGGCUGAUGAAAUAUUCGCGCUGGUUGAAAGAACGAUAGCGUGCUACGAGGAGGAACUUUCUCGAACGAGAGAGGAGAAGGAGCGACAUCGACGACAACUGGAAGCUGUUUUGCACAUUGAAGACGUCCAGCUUAUGGUUGCUCGAGGAGAAUUCCCCCCUCAGCUGCUGGGAAGUAUUUCCGCUUUAAAACAAGAGGAUUCGCAGCCCCCCCACAUUAAAGAGGAAGAGGAGGAACUCUGGAUCACUCAGGAGGGAGAAUGUCUUCCAGGGGCAGACGAGGCUGAUCCCGCCAAGUUGCCACUGAGUGGUUUCUCUGUGAAGACUGAAGAUGAUGAAGACAAACCCCCUGAGUCCUCACCGCUUCAUCACAGUCCAAGUGAGGAGAACGGAGGGGCGGAGCUUUCAAGCGGCAGCUGGCCGCAACACCCGACAAGAGACGCGGACCACUGUGAGGGUCUACUAUCAGGUGGUGACGACACACGCCUUGAAGUGGGCGACUGGGACGGAGAAGCUUUGAGCAGCGAAGGCGACACGAGGAUGCAACGCUCAGAGCGCUCUAAAAGGAAGACGGGAAAAAAACGUUUCCCCUGCUCAGUCUGUGACAAAAUGUUCACUCAGAAGUGCGACUUCACUCGACACAUGCGGACGCACACCGGGGAAAAACCGUACUGCUGUCUGGUCUGUGGCGCUAGAUUUGCUCAGAGGUCCACCCUGACCAGACACAUGAAAACGCACACGGGGGAAAAACCCUUCAGCUGCUCGGUGUGCGGGGAAAAAUUCUCCCUGAAGGUAAACAUGCUCUCGCACCUGAGGACGCACACGGGGGAGAAACCUUUCAUCUGCUCAGUCUGCGGCGAGGGAUUCUCCCGGAAGAUGCACGUCGUCUUGCACAUGAGGACGCACACGGGGGAGAAACCUUUCCGCUGCUCGGUCUGCGGCGACGCGUUUGCUCAGAGCUCCACUUUGAAUAGGCACAUGGGCACGCACAAAAUGUGCUCGGUGAACCACGGCGAGGCGUCCGGGGGGUCGUCCGACACGUGUGUCGACUGAUGUGCUUCCAAAGAGAGACCAAACAAUAUGAACAUCUCACAUUGCCAAGCUCUAUGUGGGAAAAUAAAUAAUCU